AUGAACUCCUUCGUCGCAUUGAUGGUCGCCGCGGCUUGUAUGAGCGGAUAUUUUGUUCCCACAGCUCUGGCAGAUGGCGAGAUGUGUUUCGUAUGCGCGGAAGCGGACAUAGCCACGUGCGGAACUGUGCCGGCCGCGGGCCCGGCCGCUUGCGUUUCGAAAAUAUGUUACGAAGUGCACGUACAAGACGCAGCCAAGGCGUACGCCGGCACGGUACGCGGCUGCUUGGCCGACGCAACCAGCCUGAAGUGCGAGGGCGCGUUGAAAGCCGAUUCCACGUUUACGGCGAUCGAGGGCGGCUGCAAGCAGUGUCCGGCCACCGCAGCGGAUUUCUGUAACAACGGGAUGCACACCGCACUCGACGCGCCCGGCGGCGGCGGCGCCGGCGCGGGAGCCGGAGCCGGCGCGGGAGCCGGAGCCGGAGCCGGAGCGGGCAACGGCACGGGCAACGGAACCGCUCCGGGCAGCGGCCACCCGCCGUCGUUCACCGCGGGCACCGCCGUGUUCUGCGCGUUCAUGUCUUCCCUGGCCAUCGCCAGAAUGAUGUUCUACGACACUGCGCUCUGA